GAAUAAAAAAAUAACAGGUGACAUUUUUUUUUAGUACUUUAUCUUUGUUCUCUUUAAAAAUUUGAAAGCCGGUCCUGUUGAAUAGAGAUUUGCGCAUGCGUGUAACUCUUUGUGUGUAGUGUACGCAAAUGGAGGUCUCUUCUUCAGGUUCAUUAUGGACAAAGCAGAAGAAGAAGCCACUUUUCAGUAUUUUACUUUAAAAAAUGAGGAGGAAACUUUUGUUAAUAUCUCCGAUAUAUUGAACUUACCUGAAGUACCAGAGGAUAACAAUAUAAAUAACAAAGAAAUAUUUUAUUUAACUUUUGAUAAUAAUGAACUGGUACAAGAGGAUCCCAAUCCGGACGACUCUCUUCAAGGUGGGGUUAUGGAUAAUAUGAAUGAUUCUUCCAGCACAUUCAAUGGCACGGAUUUUAAACUUAUAACACUUGGAGAUGGGAGGAUGUUUGUGACUACAGAUAAUAAUUUGGAAAGUUUACAAACACAGUCAUUGAUUGUGGAAACGCCUGAAGAAACUGAAACAAUAACAGAAUCUGGUCAACUUUCCAACGAAGAAGAAUCUGUUGACAAUUCUGAUGUAAAUUAUCAAUUGCUUCAAUUAGAUGACGGCUCUCAAGCAAUUAUCACAUUAUAUAAAAUAAAAAGCGAUGAAGUAAAAGAAGAGCCUCCAAAACAAGUUAAAAAGUUUCAGUGUCAGUUUGAGGGUUGUGACAAGGUUUAUGCCACUUCUUACCAUCUUACUGUCCAUAUGAGGAGCCACACUGACUGUAAACCUUACCCAUGUUCUAUUGACGGGUGUGAGAAAAAAUUUUCAACAAAUUACUCUCUUAAAUCACAUAUUAGGACUCACACUGGUGAAAAACCAUAUGCAUGUUCUGUCUGUACUAAACAAUUUAAAACUUCGGGGGAUUUACAGAAACAUAUGAGAAUUCACACCGGCGAAAAACCAUUUGAAUGUCCAAUUGAAGGAUGUGGUAGGUCAUUUACAACUUCUAACAUCCGAAAAGUCCACAUCAGGUCACACACUGGGGAAAGACCUUACAUCUGCGAUUGUGGCAAAGCAUUCACGUCUUCAACUAAUUACAAAAAUCAUUUAAGGAUACAUUCCGGUGAAAAACCUUACGUUUGUACAGUGGAAGGCUGUGGGAAACGCUUUACCGAAUAUUCAUCGCUUUACAAACACAAUGCUGUUCAUAUGCCUGUAAGACCACACAUGUGCAUUUUUUGUGGCCAGCGAUUUAAACAAGAAUCGGCAUUAAAUUUGCAUAAGAGGUUGAAACAUAAUGUUGUUGUGACUAAAGACGGUACUGAAAUUAUUGUGAAAAUAGAAUAGUAAGAAAAUUUAUUUCUGUUUUUGUCAAACGUACUAUUUAUCAAUUGUAGAAAAUAACUAAUUCGUUUGUAUCUCUAAUAAAUACAAUAUGUUAUAACUGUU